AUUCCCUGUUAGCUACAAAGUAGAAUAUCUGACACGUUGCUGAAAUUUGCCAUUCAUCUAGAAACACAUUUCUCUGUGCCAUGUCUAACCUGGAAUUAUAUCUGGACCUUCUGUCUCAGCCCUGUCGUGCUAUUUAUAUUUUCGUCAAGCUCAAUGAGAUCCCGUUCAGCUUUCAUGAAGUCCGUCUCUUCAAAGGAGGUCACCUCACUGGAGAGUUUUUGAAAGUCAAUCCAAUGCGCAAAGUGCCAGCUCUGAAAGAUGGGAAUUUCACAUUGAUUGAGAGCAUUUCAAUGCUGCUUUACCUAGUGCGAAAAUAUAAGACCCCUGAUCACUGGUAUCCAUCAGAUAUUCAGAAGCGCUCCCGAGUCGAUGAAUACCUUGCCUGGCAGCAUACUAAUACUCGUUUCUAUGGCUGCAAAGUAUUUUGGAACAAGUGCAUGACACCAACUCUUGUGGGCCAUGAAGCUGAACCUGAAAAGAUAAACCAAUGCGUGGCAGAGUUCAAGAUCAUUUUAACCCAUAUAGAAACUCUUUUCCUGAAAGACCAACUCUUCCUAGUUGGUGAUGAAAUCUCAGUGGCAGAUCUGGUGGCCAUUGUGGAGAUCAUGCAGGUAGUAGCAAGUGGGGUCACUGUUUUUGAAGACUUCCCAAAGCUUGAUGCCUGGAAAAACCGCGUGAAAGAAGCAAUUGGGUCAGAUCUGUUCAAGGAGGCUCAUGAGUCUGUCAUCAAUAUCAAAGAGCAACACCUUGAUUCAAUGCCACUAGUAAUGAAGACAUUCUUUAAAUCAAAACUGCUGAAGUACGCAUAUUGAGGGUUUUUCUAAUUUCAGCUUUUAGAAACAAAAAAAAAAUACUAGUUUUGGAGCGCUCUUUCUCAGAAUUUCUAUUGUUAUUAUAAAUACAAUUAUAUUGCUGUUUCCAAUCCAAUUGUAGUUGACUGCUGCUAGUACACUCUAGGUGUGAUACCCUCAAACACACAAAUUCAGUGCAAGAAAAAAGAGUGAGAAAAAAGAGUGGAGCAGUAAUUGUCAGUAAAGUGGCUGUUUAGGUGAUCAGCCCAAACUAAGUGCAAAUAGU